AUGGCGCAGAUGCUCAAUUGGCUUCUCUACCUGGCCCUGCUCAACGACAAGGCGCUUCCGUACCACCAAUUUGGUUCUGGCUGGGCUCCCCUCCCGUCUGCUGAUGAUGAUCGCCAAAUGCAAGUGCUGAACAGCGCGCGCACCCAGCGGCAUCCUGACACACUGGGUGGUUGGGAGGCCGCGACCUCCGGCGCCUCGAAGUAA